UGCUACUGUGUAUCAAUGUGUGUAUCACUGGGUAGUAGAACAUCAUUCCAUCUCUCCCCCCAUCCUCUCUCCCCAGGUCUUGCCUAUGCCAUGCUGGCUGCCGUGCCUCCUGUGUAUGGCCUGUACUCCUCCUUCUACCCCGUCCUGCUCAACACCUUCUUUGGGACCUCUAGACACAUAUCUAUCGGCACGUUUGCGGUGAUCAGCCUGAUGAUUGGAGGAGUGGUGGUGAGGGAGGCCCCUGACUCCAUGUUCACCAUCCAGGCCCUGAAUGGUACCGCCACCAACACCACCGUCUUCAUCGACACAGAGGCCCGCGAUGCCAGGAGGGUCCACGUAGCCGUAGUCCUCACCACCCUGGUGGGAGUCAUACAGCUGGUCCUGGGGUUGUUGCGGUUUGGCUUUGUGGCCAUCUACCUCACGGAGCCCCUGGUACGCGGAUUCACCACGGCCGCGGCAGUCCACGUCUUCAUCUCUCAGCUUAAAUACCUGCUGGGCAUCCAGACCCCGCGCUUCAGUGGGCCCCUGUCCGCUCUUCACAGUGUUACGGCCGUGUUCAGUGACAUCACCAGCACCAAYGUGACCACGUUGAUUGUGGGCGUGGUCUGCAUGGUGGUCCUCUACUGCGUGAAGGACCUCAACGAGCGCUUCAAGAAGAAGCUGCCUGUGCCCAUCCCUGGAGAGAUCAUUGUGGUCAUGGUCUCAACGGGGAUCUCCUAUGGUCUCAGUCUGUCAGAGAACUACCAAGUGGACGUGGUCGGGRCAAUUCCAUCCGGGCUGCUUCCACCUGCAAUCCCAGACUUCUCUCUGUUGCCCAACUUGGUAACGGAUUCUAUCGCCAUAGCGGUGGUGGGCUUCUCCAUGGGAAUCUCUUUGGCCAAGAUCUUUGCUCUGAAACACGGCUACAGUGUGGAUGGUAACCAGGAGCUGAUUGCCCUGGGCCUGUGUAACUUUGUCAGCUCCUUCUUCCACACCUUCGCCAUCACCUGUUCCAUGUCCCGCAGUCUGGUGCAGGAGAGCACUGGGGGCAAUACGCAGAUUGCGGGUCUGUUGUCGUCUAUGGUGGUGUUGCUGGUGGUGGUGGCCAUUGGUUUUGUCUUCCAGCCUCUGCCACAGACUGCGCUGGCUGCCAUCAUCAUGGUUAACCUGCUGGGGAUGUUUAAACAAUUCAGGGACAUCCCUGCCCUGUGGAGGACCAGCAAGAUCGAGUUGGCUAUCUGGCUGGUAGCCUUUGUGGCCUCUGUGCUGUUGGGCCUUGAUCUUGGACUUCUGGUGGCCUUAGGAUUUGCCAUCCUGAGUGUCAUCUACAGAACACAGAGCCCAAAGAGUGUGAUCCUGGGACAGGUCCUGGACACAGGCCUGUACUGUGACGUGGAUGAAUAUGAAAAAGCAGCUGAAUGCACAGGGAUUAAGAUUUUCCACUCAAACUCUUCAAUAUACUUUGCAAACAGUGACCUUUAUUUGAACGCCCUCAAAGAGAAGACAGGAGUGGACCCCGUACAUCUCCAGGCUAUACGGAAAGCCCGAAAAAGAGAACUCAAGAAGCAGAGCGCAGAGAGGGAGAGCAGAACCACAAGUCACCACAGAAAAGAUGUGGAGCUGGGCGUAACUCACRAAGUGGUGGCAGGGGGCGGCUCCCAGAACCACUUGGAGGUGCAGGGGAACGGGCAGGUGGCCGAGACCCACACAGAGUYAGACUCUGAGGAGACCCGGUUCCUAGARCCCCUCUGUCCUGUCCACACCCUCAUUCUGGACUGGACCCCCGUCAACUUCAUCGAUUCUGUGGGAGCCAAAGCAAUCAAGUUGGUGAUCAAGGAGUAUGCAGCUGUGGAUGUGUGUGUCUUCAUCGCCGGCUGCAGCAGAACUCUGCUGGCUGAACUCCGCACCCUGCAGUUUUUCACCGGGGUCGCGACCCCAGAAAUGGUCUUCCCCACCGUCCAUGAUGCCGUAUUGCACUGUCGGCGCCGGACUGCCCCGCCCACCAUCCCUGCCAUCCAAUGACAUUGUCCGACGGGGGACAUCAAGGGGGAGGGGACACAGGGCCACAUGCACCUAAGGCUGCUCUAAAGCCGUGUUCACAUUGRCAGUUUGAAGUGACUCAAAUCCUUUAUUAUAUAUAGAUAUAUAAACAAUUCAAAUCUGUUYCUUUGUUCCUGCAGUCUGAACAGCAAAUGGAUUAGGAUAUUYCUAGCCACAUUUCAAACCACCUUCGUAGGUGGAAGUCAGAUAUAAAUCUGAUUCCUGGCCAUCUGACGUGUUUGAACAGUGAAAUCUGAUUUAUUUGCCCUCAAGGUGUUUUUAGACUUAUUUGGCAUCUCUUGAUGCUUGCUAGCUACUCUGACAAGAACGUGGUAGUUAACUAGCUUGUUAAUUGUUUUAAAUUAUUUUGAACAUUCAAAGCAACUGGGAAACGUCCAUGGCAGGAGUCGUCACCUUAGCCUGCUACAUAACUUCUGAGUGCUAGGAAGCACAAACACCACCAAUCAGCCUACACCACUGCACACACCGUUGUUACUAUGACAACUAGCGUAGCCAUGUCAGCAAAUGACUGCUGUCUGAACACAAACUAAUCUGAUUUGGUAACUUGUAACUUGAUGUUUGGAAGUCAGUAUCCCAAAAUGGAUGAAAAAAAAAUGAUUUGAGCAUUAAGGCCUGCAGUGUGAACAAGGCUUAGGUGACCCAGGGGAGUUGGGACUGGAGAUGGUCUGAACGCCCAUCUCCAAGUGCAACUUUUUGUUUUAAGCUGAGAUAUAUUUAAUAAAGAUGGGUUUAGUUUGGUUUUAUUGCUAACAUUCCUAUGGGCUGCAGCGUGCAGUACUCUUGGCGUUUUAUGCUAAGAGCAAGCCAUUUAUGAAUUUACUUCGUCUUUUGAAAUGGUUUCAAGCACUUGUGUUCUUCACAGCAUUGUCCCAAAGUAGAAGAGAAAUAGCAACACUCAGGUUUUUAGUCACAUUUUGUUGAGUGCCGAGGGUCUUUUCAGAGCACCCCCUUUAGUGGUUACAUUUGAGAUCCAGGAGAGCAACACUGAAUAGGCCCACCACUGUAGCUCUGGCAUGUUGAAUAGAUGUUACUUUUACUGUGAUGUUUUCCUCAACGAUUGGCCUCUUGUUACCCCUUUCCUGCUGAAUAUCUAAGAAAUGCAUCAUUACAGUUCCAGUCAUUGUACAAUCGGUGUGCAAAUCUACAACAAACUAA